GACUUGAAUAAACAGCAUAUAUAUAUUAAAUACACAUACAAAUACCACUUGUAUAUAUACACUGGGCCAUCAAUAUAUAUACAUAAAGACUAAAAAAUAUAGGAGUACGAAUUUUGUCCACCAAAAAAGCUCCGUGAUCGUGCCAACUCAAACUCACGAUCAACGAGUACACAUACUGUUCCUCGUCAGUUUCCUACUUGUCAAAUUUAUACCGGUUUUCAUUUAUAAUAUUUGAUAAAUUUUUCCGGAAAAUAUUAUUGUUUUUUUUAUUGUUUCAUUCAAUUAUCAACAAAAUUUUUUGAUAUAUAUUUUUGUUUUUUUUUUCCACUUUCUUGACAUACAUUUGCCAUAAAAGCUCUGUGAAAUUAUUAAUUUAAAAGCUUGCUUUUUUUUUUCUCCUUUUUUUUUGAUAUUAAUUAAUGAAUUGUUUUAAAUUAUUUAUUUUUUUUGUGCAAAUGUGAAAAGAUUUUUUGUGAAACAUAAAAAGUUAUUGUGAAAUUUUGAUUUAUUUUUUUUUAUAGUGAUUUUUGUAAUUCGUUUUUAAAUAAAUUGAUAAAAAAUUAAGUGUGUGAUUGAUAGGCAUAUAUUUUGUCGAAAAAAAAGGGUUUAUUUAUAAAUAAAUAAAUAAAUAAAAUAUAGAAGGGUUGGCGCACGGGCGGAUAUUACAGUUGGCUUGAAUAUCGACAUUUUUGGGUGAUGUCGUGCGGGGUCCAGGGCCUGCCCUGAUCCUCCUCCGCAGUAUCCAUGACUACGAUCCGGAUAAUAUUGCGCGAAACUAGUGCACACGAGGAUGUAAAAUAUAAAUAUUAAUAUAUUAUUUAAAAAUUUACAAUUAAAAAAAAAAAGAAAUAUAAAAUAUAAUCAAAAAUUAUUUCAAAUUUCAUAAAUAUCAAUGAAGAGAGAAAUAAAAGCAUAAAAUUAAUUUAAAAAAAUAAAAAAUAAUAAUAAUCAAGUGUUGAUAAUAUUUUAGAAAUCACAAGAUGAAGAUGUUAUCAACGAAAAAAUUGUCAUCAAUAAUGUGACAAUAAAUAAAAAUAAAAAAAUGACCUCACACUUUGAUUGGAUAAUCAUAAUCAAUUCUACUUCCUUUACAACUUCAGUGCUUCCUUCAAAUUAAAAAAAAAAAAAAAAGAAGAAAAUACAAAAAGGAAAAAUAAAUUAACACUCAAAUUAAAUAAUAAAAAAUAAUAAACAUGUAGCCAGGACUAUUUCCUGGGAUUUAAAUGGUGCCAAAUAUAUAUAAAAGAGCCAAAUAGAAAAAAAAAAAAAAAAUAUUUAUAAAAGCUGAUGAAACAAAAAAUAAAAAAGAAGAAAAAAAAAAAGAAAAAAAAAAACGAAAAAAUAUUAAGCAAAGAACUGAGUACAAGAGUAACUGGGCCAAAUUAAAUUGUGUCAAAGAUAAAUAGAGAAAAAAAGACAUCAAGAAAUGAGGUACUAGACUGAAUGCCAAAGAUAAACAAUUGAGACUUGAAAUUAAGAAAAAAAAACUGAUAAAAAUUAAUAGUAAUAAUAAUAAUAAUAUAAAAUAAAUAUUAAAUUAAUAAUAUUACUUGUCAAAUAUAAAUAAUAAUAAUAAUAAUUUAUAUUAUAAAAAAAUAUAAAUUAAAAGCAAAAAAAAAUGGGAAAUAAAUUAUCAGCAUGUAGUUGUGCUCCCCUGUCAAAGCCACGUUAUCGAGAUGAAGAUUCACCAUGGCAGAUUGGUGCAAGGAGUGGUACUGCUGGUGGAGGAGGAGGUGGAACUGGUGGAGGUGGUCUUGGUGGUGGUGGUGGCAGUCACAGGGGUGAUUCUGGUCCAUUGCUCAGGUGCGGAAGCGUAAUAGAAAAGAAGAGGCUUUGGGCUGAGGUAUUCCAUGUUAGUGCAAGUGGUACUGGUACUGUCAAGUGGCAACAAGUUUCCGAGGAUCUUGUGCCUGUCAAUAUACGUUGUCUUCAAGAUUCACCUGAAUUGGUCUUCCAUAUUACCGCCUACAAUAGUCAGGUCGACAAGAUUCUUGAUGUACGACUUGUACAACCAGGCACAAGGAUUGGUCAAGCAUCUGAAUGUUUUAUUUAUUGGAAAGACACAAUGACAAAUGACACAUGGGGUUUAAAUUUUACAUCACCAAUUGAUGCUAAACAAUUUAAAGAUUGUUGUUCACCUUCAUCAAAGACACCAAGAAAAGCACCCUCAUCAUAUUCAUUAAAGCUACCAGAUUCAGGAAAUAAACAAAAGGUUAAACCACGAAUAAAACCAUUAUCAACACCAGCAUCACCAAGUAGAUCAAAAGCACCACAAUGCACUUGUAUGCCACCUGAACAACUGGCAAGACUUCGUAGUCGUGAUCCAAGAUUUAAUUGCGCAUCAACACUACCAAGAAAUAUGACUCGCUCAUCAGACAUGGAGAUGACGCCUGGACGUGAUAAAGUAACAUCAGCAACAUCAAGUGCAUCAUUAUAUGACAAUGUCAAUAAUAAUAAUAACAAUAAUAAUAACAAUAACAAUAAUAAUAGUGAUACAGUAUCUGGUAAGACAAUCAAGUCUGGUGAAUCAUGUAAACAUAUUGGAAAAGAUAAACAAUCUGAAACUUGUCAAACAACACCAAAAACAGCAAACAUUGGAAUUGGUACUUCUAAUGUUGCUUCACAGAUUGACAGUCCAGAUGACAAAGACAAUGGUAUAUCACCUAAAAAAGGAAUGAAACAUCAGGAUAGUUCAACUCAACAAAAUGGCAGUGAACGUGAAACACUAAAAUCCGAAGGCACACAAGCUGGUGGUACAUUGGGACACAAAACAUCACGUAAAGAACAAUUACAUCAUACAAAAUCAGCAGAUUACACUGAGCUAGAAAUGGAUAAUGGACAUAUGUUUAUUAAUAAUCAUAAUAGUAAUAAUAAUAAUGGUAGAAGAUCUAAAAGUAAAAGUACAGAUGAUAUGAGAAUUGAUAAUAAUAGUCAAAAUAAUGGUAUGAAUAUUGAUUCAAGUACACUUAAAAGAAUGCUAAAACCAAUGUCAAGUGUUGAUAGUCCAGCAACAUCACCUGAAAUGACACGUAAACGUCAUAGUCAUCAUUCUUAUCAUUAUCAUCCAAAUAAUAAUCCUAGUAAUCAAAGAUAUAUACAAUCUGAAGCAGAAAAUGAAAAUUAUGUACAUCCAUACAGAAAUCCAUAUAAUAAUAAAUUUCAAGGAUCAAGAAGUGCUCAUGAUAUGGCACGACAAUAUUCUGAGGAACCAUAUUGCGGCAGAAGCAGGAUGUACUUAGAUUUGGAACGUAAUCGAUGCACUGGUGACAUGUCACCACCAUCUGACAACGUAAUAUUUGACAAUCAAUGUUACGCAACAACACCAAGUUCAUCUAAUGGUAAUUCAGACAUGGAACAACAACAACAUCAGCAGCAGCCAAUGCAGCAGCCACCACCAUCAAUGCAACAACAACAGCAGCAUCAUCAUCAUCACCAUCAUCAUCAACAACAACAGCAACAAUCAAAUCAUUGCAAUGGUAGACGUUACAACAGUGGUCAAUCAUAUCAUCAUCCACCACCACCACCAAACAUGCAAUCAGCAUCAACACCAGGAAGUCCAAGCAGCAGAUUACUACUUGAGUAUGAGAGACAUCUUAGAAAUACACUGGCCAAAGGAAUGGAUGCUGAGAGUUACAGUCUACACACAUUUGAAGCACUUCUCACCCAGAGUAUGGAAAAUUUAGAAUUUGCUGAGAAUAUUCCUAUAAAUGUUCAACAGCAACAACAACAUCAACAUCAACAACAACGUACACCACAUGCAUCACGCAGGCGAUCAAGUUCAAAUAAAUCAUCGACAUUGCCAUUGUCAUAUCGUUAUUGUAAUGAUAGACAAAAUAGCAAAGAUCGUGAUGGUUAUUACAGUGACAGAAAUGAAAUAAUAAGAGAAAAACGUGAUCGUGAAGCUGAAAGAGAACGUGGAUAUUUGAGUGAUUAUAAUUCAAAAUAUGAACCAAAAUGUGCAAGUUGCAUUGGAGAAUCAGCAAGAGCUCAAUGGUUUCGUCAUUCAGAUGGUUGGCAAUCAGGUAGUUCAACACUUGGUUCAGCUCAAUCAAAUUCUAUAAAUCAAGGCUACAUUGGAGGGCAUAAACGUGAAUCACCGUGGGAUUCAUUGCCAUCACUUCGUCAUGAGGGAAGUCUCAAUGACAGUGGUUAUAAAUCCAACAGAACUGAUUCUAUGGAACAACGAGGAACAUUUGAUAGACAAGACAGUGUUAGAUCAGAUUACAUGUCAGACAGAGAUGGAAGAUAUGGAAUAGUGCAACAAGCAUCAUUAGAGAGUACUGAUUCAAGGCUGUGCUACUUGACUUCAUCAGAGAUGUCAGAUGAUGACAGAAUGUCUUUGACAACAGCAGUCAGUGAUGAUGAUGAUGGUGAGAGUGUUAUGAAUUCACCAUACAGAGCUAAACAAACUGGAACUGCUGCUGCUUCUUUCAAUUGUACUGGAGCUGUUCGUAAAGCUGGUUUUUUGAGUGUUAAAAAAUGGCUACUUCGUAAAAAACAUCAAAUUGAAUUGGCAAGAAAACGUGGAUGGAAGGGAUACUGGGUUUGUUUAAAAGGAACAACAUUAUUAUUUUAUCCAUGUGAUUCACAUGAAAGUAGAGCUGUUGAAACAGCACCGAAACAUCUUAUUAUUGUUGAUGGUGCUAUUAUGCAACCAAUACCAGAACAUCCAAAAAGAGAUUAUAUUUUUUGCCUGAGUACAGCAUUUGGUGAUGCAUAUUUAUUCCAGGCACCAUGUCAAGUGGAACUUGAAAAUUGGGUGAAUAGUAUUCAUUCAGCUUGUGCUGCUGCAUUUGCUCGUCAUCGCGGCAAAACAGGUACUCUACAUCUUCUUCAAGAAGAAAUAUUUCGAUUGGACAAAGCCAUUGAAUCAGAUUACAAGUUAAAACACAUGGCUGAUCUUCAACAAUCAGUUGUAUCUGAUGUUGAUACAAAACAAGAAAUAAAUGGUCAAAUAGUACAGUGGGAAGAAAAUCUUGAACGUUUACAUUGUGAACAAUUUCGUCUUAGAUGUUAUAUGGCUAGUUUACAAAGUGGAGAGUUACCAAAUCCAAAGAGUUUAUUGACUCAUGUGUCACGUGCAACAAAACAAACCCUCAACAAACUUGGUGUAUUUACAGUAUCUUCAUUUCAUGCAUUUAUAUGUGCACGUAGUCCAUCUUUGCUUAAUAAUUUACUUGCUGGUCGUGGUGCAACUAAACGAAGACCACCAUUGUUAUCAAGAUCAAAUAGUGCAUCAAGUCGUAGAUCAAUGCAAAUGUCAUCACGUGAUGAUGAAAAAAGUGUCAAAGUAACAAUACCAGAGAAUCAGCUGGUCUCGGUAUUUUUACGUGAAGGAAUGACUGUUGAAGAAUUUUUAGCAAGUGCAUGUAGUAGAAAAGGACUUAAUCCAAUGGAACAUUUUGUACGUGUUAAAAAACGUCGUGAAAUGGAAGAUCACAAUUAUUUUGUGCCUCAUAGAACUGAUGGAAUUGAAACUUAUCUACAUACACAUGAGAUGGUUGAGGUAUGUGCUAAAAUACUUUAUCAAGUUGAACUACAAAGAACAACACUUGAUCAAAUGUGGGGCUUUUCUGUUGAAGCAGAACUUAUUGAAAAUUCAGAUAGACAAGAUGAAUUGUGUUGUUACGUCAGUCGUGUUGAGGAUAAAAGUGUUGCAAUGCAUAAUGGUAUUAUAAAAAGUGAUGAGAUAAUGGUUAUUAAUGGAGCAAUUGUGAGUGACCUGGAUAUGAUGUAUUUGGAAAGUGUACUACAAGAAGAGCUGGCAUUAUGUAUGAUGAUGAGAUCAUCAAGAACUGAACCACCGGAUUUAACUGGUACAAUGAGAGUUACUGAUGAGAUUAUUGAAAGUCUUGUUUGUCCACCACCACCAACUGAUCCACCAGUUAUGAGUGAAGAAAUGAUUACUGGACUUAUUGUUCCAGCACCUGUACGUGUUAAAGAAGGUGUCGUCAUGCAAGAUUGUUAUCAAGGAUUACAUAUUGAUAAUGGCAAACAAACAUCACGUACAAAUUCAUUUGAAAUUGAAAAUUUAUUAAAAACAGCUGAACAAGUAACUGGUAUAUGUCGUUCACCAGGUGAAACACGUAAAUCAAGUCCAACUGGUAGUGUUAUUAGUUCACAUUCACAGGUAUUAACACCAAGUAGACAAUUAAGUGAUGCUGAAAAAUUAAAAAAAGUAAUAUGUGAAUUAAUUGAUACUGAACGUACAUAUGUUAAAAAUUUAAAUAAUUUAUUAGAAAAUUAUUUAGAGCCAUUAAAACGUGAAACAUUUUUAUCAAAUGCUGAAAUAAAUGCAUUAUUUGGUAAUAUACAAGAAAUUGUUACAUUUCAACGUCAAUUUUUACAAAAUCUUGAUCAUGCUAUUGAAAUUGAAUGUGAUUUUAAUAAUUUUGAACAUCCAAGUCAAUUUAAGGGUGUAUUAUUUUCAAUUGGUAGUGCCUUUUUAUAUUAUGUUAAUCAUUUUAAAUUAUAUAGUUCAUUUUGUGCAAGUCAUUCAAAAGCACAAAAAGUAUUACAUCCAAAUGAGGGUAAUCAAGCACUACAAGAAUUUUUACAAGCACGUAAUCCACGUCAACAACAUUCAUCAACCCUAGAAUCAUAUUUAAUAAAACCAAUUCAAAGAAUACUUAAAUAUCCAUUGCUAUUACAACAAUUGAAAAAUUUAACUGAUGAACGUAGUGAUGAACAUCAACAUUUAAUUGAAGCAUUAAAAGGUAUGGAAAAAGUUGCUGAACAUAUUAAUGAAAUGCAAAGAAUACAUGAAGAAUAUGGUGCAAUAUUUGAUCAUUUAUUUAGACAACAUCAAAAAUCAUGCAAACAGCCAAUUGAUCUUAGUCCAGGUGAUUUAUUAUAUUAUGGUGGUGUUGAAUGGCUAAAUAUAUCUGAUUUUCUUGGUAAAAUAAAAAAAGGUCUUGAAUUACAUGCAAUGUGUUUUGUAUUUAAAUCAGCUGUUGUAUUUUUAUGCAAAGAAAGAUUACGACAAAAGAAAAAACUUAUGGGUGUAUCAACAAAGACCAAUUCAAGUGAAGUUGAAAUAAUACGUUAUCAAGUAUUGAUACCAGUUACAGAGGUACAAGUCAGAGCAAGUACAGCAAAGGACAUGGAAUCUCAUUUCCUCUGGGAAUUAAUUCAUUUGAGAAGUCAAUUACAGAGACGUUCAGAAAAAGUUUAUGUUUUGUCAAACAGUACGACAGAAUUUAGAAAUGCGUUUUUGAAAACAAUACGUCAAAUAAUACGUGAAUCAGUACGUAAUAUGAGUAUACCAUCAACAAAACAAAAUAUUGGACAACCAACAAUGUCAAUGGCACCACGUAUGUCAACUGGACAUGUUGAAAAAUAUGAUAAACCACCAUUAUCUGGACAAAUAUUAUCUGGCUCAAAUACACUUGGUUCAUUGUCGAAAAAAUCAUCAAAACAACAACAAAUAUUAUCAAAUACAUUGAAUUCAAAACGUAAACAUAGUCAUCCAAAAUCAUCAGUUGAACAUGAAAGUUCAGAGGACAGAGAUAUUGAUGAACCACCAAUAACACAAUUUAGAUCAAGAAGUAAAACAAUCAGUGAUACAACAGGUGAAGUAAAAGUUGAUAUGGAUACAGGAACAAAAUCAGAAGGUGAAGAAGACUCACAGGCAUAUGGUGCUGAAAAAAAAACAAAUCUUGGAAGAACACCAAAUCAUUUAACACUAAGUACAACAUCAACAAUAUCAGCUGGUAGUACAGGUAGUCAAGCAAGGCUUAUACAAUCAUCACAUCAACCAGAAAAUUAUCAUCCAUCAACAGUCAAAGAACUUGGUUCGCCGAUUUGGAAACCACGGGAGCUACCUUCACUAGGGGAAGCCACAACAUUGCCACGGAAGGGCAAAUCAGCCGGUGAAUUUGCUGACAUGAGCUCGGCCCACAGCGCCUCUCGAAAAUCACUCAUAGAAAUCAAUAAUUGUGCUCAACAAUCUAACUUUAAUAAUCAUAAUUAAGUUGGAUAUUUAAAUAUGAAUAAUUAUUAUACCAUAUUCAAACCAAAGAUUAAAUAGUUAAGUUGAAAUUAAAAUUAAUAUAAAGUUGAUUUAAAAAAAAAAAAAGAGAAAGAAUUUAAUGAUAAUUUAAUGAUAAUAUUAAUGGAGUUGUAAGUAAGUUUUAAAUAUUACACUAUUACUCGAUACUGUGUAAUUUAAUUUAGAGAUUAAUAAAAUUAUUCUUUUUUUUUUUUUUCUAUUGCUGUCCAUACCGCAAAUAAUUUUCCAACGUCUUUCAUAUAAUUAUUGAAAUUAAAAAGAAAAAACAAUUUAUUUUGUUGAUUAAUAUUAUUAUUAUUUAUUUUGAUUAUUAAGUAAAUGAAUUACCAAUUGAUAUUAAUUAAAGCUUUUUUGUUUUUUCAAUUUAAACUUCGUUACAGAAAAUCGUGUUGAAUUAAUUAUUAUAUCUUGCCAAUAAUUCUGUCAUUGAUGAAAAAUAAAAAUAAAAAAAUAUACGUAAUUAGAAAAUUAAAUUUGAAAAAGAAAUGAGUCGAGUAAAUCGACGCAAUUGACUGAUUUCAGUAAAAAGAAAUGAAAAAACAAUUUUUUAAAUUAAAAGUACGAGCAAAUAAUAAUUACACUUGUUGCACGGGACAUCGCAGGAACGAUUUACAAAACCCAAUUAAUUAUAUAGAUAUUAGCUGAUUAAAUAUGAUAAAUACUCUGAUAAUUUUAUUUGUGAUUAUAGAAUUAAUCUAGAUGAAAAAUUUAAAAACAAAAGUAAAAAAAAAUAGCUAAUUAAAUACAGGGUUUGACAAUGAAAUAAAAACUACAUUAUUCAAGUUUUUAUUUGAAUUAAAACACGUCAUGUAAUACUGGCCUUGUAUUGAAAAAGAAAAAAAACCAUAUAAAUAUAUAUUUAAAAAAAAAAAUUACAAAUAUAUUAAGAGCUCGAUUUUAAUCAUCUAUAUAAAGACUCCAAUAAAAAAAAAAAAUCAUCUUUCAAUUAUAUAUAGUAAAAUUAAUAAUUACAUUAUUUUAAUUUAUUUAUUUGAAUUAUUUCUGUUGAUAUUUAUUCAAAGUUUUAACAUGAUAAUCUAGUCAGUGAUAUCCAGGUGAUAUCAGUAUCUCUAAUUAGACAAAAAUAUGUAUAGUAAAUAUAAAAAAAAAAAAUAUUAAUUUAUUGUAAACAUACAAUUAUUGUUAUUUCUGUAAAAAAAAAAAAAAUUAAAUAAAUAAAACUAGGAAAAAAUGAAAGAUGAGUUUAUUUGCUUUGUUGUAUGGACAGUGAAAUGAAGAAAAAAAAAUAUUAAACAAUUUUGUAAAUAAUUAAUUUGAUGUGCAAAUAGUAAUAAUAAUAAAUGAAAAAAAAAUUUAUUAAAAAUUAUGAAUGGAGAGACAAGAAUGCAUCGAAUAUGUUAUUAAUUUAAAAAUAUAUAAAUAUGAAUAUAUAUGAAUUCGCUUGUCGCGUCUACAAAUAUAUACAUUGUUAUAUAAAAAAAAAUAAUAAUAAAACCCGGUUGUCUACGUAAAAAUAACAGUUAAAUAAAAUUAAAAAAAAAACCAUCAUAAUUUACACACUGAUAACAUGAUUAAUUAAUUCAUAAAUCUAUUGAUCAUUUUGAUUGUGAAUUAAACAUUUGACCGACAUAUAGCUCAUUUAUUUUUCAAAUUACUUAAAGAUAUACGAGGUUUUAAAUGUUUAUAUUCAAACUGAAGAUAUCUGAAGGAUAAAAAUAGAAAUGAAAGGGAUUAAUUGGUGUACGUUAGAGACAACAGAAAGUAUCGGUAUUAACAAAAGAACAAAAAUAAAAAAAAAUAGAUAUAUAAAUAAUAUAUAAAUGUAUUAAUAUUAUAUAAAAUUAAUUGAUGUUAAUAAUAGCUCGUCAUGCGUGGCGAUCUCGGCCGGUCCGAUUAUAAAAAUUAAUAAAUAAUAAAUUAACAGGUAAUAAUUAAAAAUUAUCUUCAUUCUUCUUUGGUUAUUAAUUGAUAAUAUUCCACUGAUAAGCGCUGACUGAAUUUGCAGUACCAUUGAUGGCUUUUAUAAAUUUAAAAUACAAAAAAAAAUGAAUUAUUUAUACUUUUGUAAAACACAAAAAUUUUUAAAAUACUAAAAUUAAAUUUAGUAUAAUCAUGCUUUUCCUCAACUCGUUAGUCAUGGGUAAAUUAAUUUUUUUUUUUUUUUUUAAUAUUUAUUUUCAUGUGCACAUGAAGAAUAUAAUUAUUUUGAAUUUAACAAGAAAUAAGUGUCUCGAAAUGAGUACAAUUAUUAAUUGUUAUAUUUUUUUUUUUUUUUACAAGUUAAUAAUUAUUAGAAAAUGCCUAAUUAAUUUUUUAUAAUUAUUAUUUUCAAAAUGUUAUAUAGUUUUUAAUUUACUGAUAAUUAUUUUUUGAAUUUUGAAUGAAGAUAAAAUAUGUUUUGAAUUAAACUAGUUAUUUUUUAUUUUUUUGAUAAAUAAAAAAUUAUGUGUAAGGAAGAGACGCCGCGUUUGACGAAGCCCACAAAAUCGCUGAUAAAUCAUGAAAAAGUUGACCAAUAAUUAACAAAAAAAUAUUCAAAAUAAUUUACAGACUUUUCAUGAUACUCUCUCAUUAGCAACUAACACGAUAGAAAAAAAAAAAAAAAAAAGUAUCGACAAAUUAUUAAAACGAAAUGAUAAUGCAUAAGGAAAUUUUUUUGCUCGCAAAUUGUUUUAUUAUUAAACAAAUCGUAUUAUAAAAAAGACAAAAAAAUUUCCUUCAGCAAUAUUGAUAAUAUAAUAAAUAUUAAAAACAAUAGAAAGGGCUUGAAGGAAAAAAAAAAAAUAGUUAAAUUCAAAAACAAAGAUAGCCCAUUAGUUUAAAUGAUAAAAAAUCACGAGGUCUAAAAAACCUUAAUAGAUAAAUAACACUGAUAAAAAGGUGCAGGAAAUAAAAUUAAUUAAAAAAUAAUAUUAAAUAAAUAAAACGGUCAUAAAUAUUAUUCAACAUUAAGAAAAUUAUAUCUGAAUUAAAAAAAUUGUUUUAAAAUCUGUAAAAAAACAAAUAAUAACAAAAAAAAAAUUUUAAAAACACAAAAAAAAAUAUAUUAAAAUAAAUAGUAAAAAGAUAUAUAUAAAAAAAAAAAAUGGAAACUUUUUGUUGCUCGAAUUAUUGCAUUAUCUACUAUUAUAUAUAAAUUUUAUGUAAUAAAUUAUUAUGUCGAGGUGCGUCCUCCGAUCGAGAGUGUUUGCUUUCUACAUUUGGAGGAAAAUAAAAAUUUUAAAAAACAAAAAAAAAUAAUUAUAUAAUAUAUAUAAGAUGAUACUAAUUAUAGAUGAUGGUAUUGAUGGGCAAUUAAUUUGUGAUUCGAAUGAAAUCAAUUCUAUAAAAAUAAUUGUUAUUAAAAUUUCCAUAAAUUUUUUUUUCAUUUUAUUUACGUUUUUAGAAUAUCGACCACACAAAACACACAAAGCUCAAUAAUUUAUGCCCACAAAUACUAUCAAAAAAUAAAAAAAAAAAAAAAAAACAAAUUAAUUAUAGAAUCAAUUUCAAUAAUAUCAAUCAUUCUUUGUUUAUGUAAUUUAACUGAGCAUGAGUAUUUUAAAAACUUUAUGCAAUAAAAAAAAAUAUUUGAUAGAAAAAAUUUAAUAAUUUAAAAUUUUUUUACCAAGAAAGGAUCAAUCAAUUUUUUUUACCUUUCAUCUUCAUUUCGUAAUUAAAAUCAUUUCCUUUUGUAUGAUGAAUAUGAUGAAAAUUUAAAAAUAAUUAUCGACUCAUUAUUUAAAAAUAAAAAUAUAUAUGCAUCAUCAAAGCUUUAUCUUUGUGCACAUUGGGAUUGACCUUGAAAUGUCGAUUGAAAGUUUUUACCAUUGUAACAAAGUGACAAAAAAAAAAAUAUAAAAAAUA